UGUGAGCAGAGGGUUGGUGCUUUGUAUAAGGCGCCUGCCUGAUGGCGUUCGGCAAUUGGCGGGAGAGGAGGCGUUAACUCGAGGGAGGAGAAACGACCCCUGAGCGACAGCACCCGGCGCUCCACACAGAAUCUAUCCUCCCCCAAGACUAAACAAGGGUGGCUAGGAGACCUUCCGUUCCACAAAGCCCGCUCGACCCGGAAACAAAACCUUUUAAAAACUCUCUCAGAGGCGGGAGGAAUUGACGCGUGCGGAAGAACCCGCAGCUUCGCCGUUGCUAGGCGACGAGGCAGCCUCACCUGAGGGCUCUCCCAACCAAGACCCAGUGGAGCUGCGUCCUCACCUCCGAAGCGGCUAACUAGCUCUUAGGAUUGUGAGUGGAAAAGAGGAGUGAGAGCCUUCUCUGCUGCCUCAGAGGCUCUAAUAGAGAAGAGGAGGCAUCGUGAUUGACAGAAAUUUCCUCUGCUGUCAGAUGUCUUUCUGCUUGACUGAACUACACCUGUGGUCUCUGAAAAGCACCUUACACAUUGCAGAUAGAGACAUCGGCGUCUACCAGUACUAUGACAAGAAAGACCCACCAGUAUCAACAACAGAGCAUGGUAACUUAGAAGAAAAACAAAGGCUGGCAGAAUCACGAGAUUAUCCUUGGACACUCAAAAAUAGACGCCCAGAAAAACUUCGAGAUUCACUGAGAGAGUUGGAGGAACUGAUGCAAAACAGUCAGUGUGUGCUGAGCAAAUGGAAGAACAAAUACAUCUGUCAGCUCCUCUUUGGUUCAGGUGUGUUGGUGUCCCUAAGCCUUUCUGGGCCUCAGCUGGAGAAAGUGGUGAUUGACAGAAGCCUGGUGGGGAAGCUCAUCUCAGACACCAUCAGUGAUGCUCUCCUUACUGACAGUUUCAUCAUCUUAUCAUUUCUGGCACAAAACAAGCUAUGUUUUAUUCAGUUUACAAAGAAGAUGGAUUCUCUUGAUGGAAACAAGAAGCUGGAAAAACUCUCAGCCUUGGACUAUAAGAUGUCCUAUUAUGAUAUACCUGGCCCAGCCAACAGGAGACUAGAUCGUCACUUAGCUGUCAACUCCACUCAGGAUCUAGUUGUUUGCUGGUGGCCACUGGUCAGUGAUGAUGUUUGGCCUUGGACUCCAGUUUCUUCUGAGAAGGACAGAGCCAAUAUGCUGCUGCUGGGUUUUACUCAAGGAGGACUGGAGGUUCUGAGUUCUGUUCGCACAGAAUGGAGUCCUCUGGAUGUUCACUUUGGCACCAAACAACCUUAUCAGGUGUUCACAGUGGAGUGCUCCGUCAGUGUAGACAAGGAACCCAUGGCUGACAGCUGUAUUUAUGAGUCUGUCCGGAACAAACUCCAUUGCGUGUCAGUUACCAGAAUACCACUAAGGUCGAAGGCCAUCAGCUGCUGCAAGAACUCUACAGAAGACAAACUGAUCGUGGGCUGUGAAGACUCCUCGGUAAUUCUCUAUGAAGCUCACCGUGGUGUGACUCUGCUGGCCCAGGCUGAACUUAGGCCUUCAUUGAUAAGCUGCCACCCAAGUGAUGCCAUUCUGCUGGUUGGCAGCAACCAAGGAGAGCUACAAAUUCUUGACAUUGCUCUGUCCCCUAUCAACAUCCAGCUCUUGGCAGAAGAUCGCAUACCAAAGGAGACUCUGCAGUUCAAUCAAUUCUUUGAUGUUUCAAGCAGUCUUGUUCAAAUGCAGUGGAUAGCUCCUCCCGUUGUUUCCCAGAGGCCUAAAAGAGGAGAGAUCUGUGAUCUCCUCUUCCUUAGGUUCAACAGAGGACCUUUGGGUGUGCUGUUGUUUAAACUUGGGAUCCUCACACGAGGACAGCUGGGCCUGGUAGACCUCAUCUUACAGUACAUUCACUGCGAUGAGGUGUGUGAGGCGAUCAACAUCCUGAGCAGCAUGAACUGGGACACCCUGGGCCCGCAGUGCUUCGUCAGCAUGAGCGCCAUCGUGAACCAUCUUCUUAGGCAGAGGCUCACUCCAGAGAGAGAAGCACAGCUUGAGGCAAGCCUUGGGACCUUCUAUGCUCCAGCAAGACCACUUCUGGAUACAACUAUUUUGGAAUAUAGAGAGCCGGUCAGCAAGUAUGCCAGGAGGCUCUUCCACCACUUGCUCAGGUACAAGAGAUUUGAAAAGGCCUUUCUUCUAGCUGUUGACAUUGGAGCUCGUGACCUGUUCAUGGAUAUUCAUUACCUUGCUUUGGAUAUGGGUGAACUGGCACUGGCUGAAGUGGCGAGAAGAAGGGCACAUGACAUUGAUGUUGAGUCAGUAUCCUCUGGAGUCGAGCUCCUGGGGCCCUUGGACAGAAGAGACAUGCUGAAUGAAGGUUUUGCUGGCUCAGCUUUAAUGCCUGAAGGAGAAAGCACACUUCCAGGCCUUCUUCCUUCUGUUGGUUCAACACACAAACAUACUAUUCAACAGAAAAUACCAAAUGGCCCUUCAAGCAGACGGGCAAUUGAGAGAAGAACUGAGGAGGAGGAGGAGGAGGAGGAGGAGGAGGAGGAGGAGGAGGAGGAGAAGAAGGAAGAGGAGGAGGAGGAAGAGGUCUGCACUGACUCUUCAAUGGCCACCAUCUGGAAUGCAGAAGGAGAAAUGAAAGAAGACCAAAGGAGACAGGACGUUGGAGAUGUUGGUUCUCUCAGAAUGGUUCACUUUGGUUUGGUGUAAAUCAUCAGAAAUGCCAAAAAGAAAGCUGCCCUUUUUAUUUCUUUUCUAUUGGCCUGAUGGAUACAAAUCUUCACGUGUGGAUUUUAAUAGAAGGGAAGAUCGUAGUACAUGCAGCAGAGCAUAAGUGACCCUCAAUAAAAGUCCCUAAACUGUUGUUUUCAUAGUGCAUGUGCUUUUUCAAAUUCUGGAACUAUACAUUUGGAGCAUCAAAGGUAGAAUAUUUAAACUUGUUCAUCAACAUCUUUUAAAUUUUUCCUCCUUUGGGACUGGAUGAUUCAGUAGUUACAAGAACUUGUUCUUACAGAGAACUCAGGUUCAAUUCCCACUACCCACAUGGUGGCUCAUGACUGUCCAUAACUCCAGUUCCAAAGGAGCCAGUGCCCUCCUCUGACCUCCCCAGGCACCAAGCACAGACAUGUGGUGUGAGCAAAACACCUAUACAUAUAUAAUAAAUCCUUACAAAUUUCUUCUCCUGCUUUUAUUCAUAUUACUAAUAAAAUGUUUAUUAA